CAUGGAGGAAUGGGACAUCCCACAGAUGAAGCGCGAAGUGGAAAGCCUUCAGUAUCAGCUGGCAAUCAACAGAGAGAAAUCUUCCAUCACUGUCACUGAGCUGGUGAAAUGGAUCGAGGGAUGUGUUUGUGAAGAUCCAUUUUUGAAUCCGGAGCUCAUGAGAGCCAAUCCCUGGGUGGAGAAGGGCAAGUGUGUGAUUCUCUAGCGGUCACACACACACACACACAUAUAUAUAUAAAUAUAUACGCACACACGCACACACACACAAUCACGGAUGCAUACAAACUGAAGGAUGACGCACUGCACUAACUCACAUGCUCGCUCACACACACGAUCAGUGCUAUCACCGCUUUUCUCUGAAUGCUUUCUGUGGAGACGAGCGUAUGUGUGAGUGUGCAGCACCGAGUAGCUUUCUAGAGGUUUGUUUUGAUGAACAGCACCUUUUUAUUGGCUCUUUACACUGUCAAUCCAAAUAAAGACUGUUUUGAAUUUAA